AAUGGCCAGUGCAGCAGCAUGUUACACGAACAGUGAUCAUGAUGAUGUGGAAAGCAGCAUAGAAGAAUGUGAUCAACAUAGUGUUAAAUUACAAAAUGUUGUAGCAAAUAAGAAGGGUGAAACUUUAAAUGACAAUAAAAACAAUCCAUGUUCUCCUCUAGUCGAAAAUGAACUUGAUUCAUGGCAAGAUAUUACAGAUAGUGGACAUUACGGAAAUGUUAUAACUUUCACUCACAAAAAAAAUAAUGUAAAUCAAUCUGAAGUUCUAACUGAACAUGGAUUGUCUAUGCCAAUUCAAAUUCCAAAUGUGAACCAGAAACAAGUUACAAAUUUCAAUAAAUCAGCAGAAAGCAGACAAUUUGGAAAAGAUGUAAAAUCAAUUUCAUAUUUAAAAGAAGAUGAAUUAUGUCUAACACAUUCAAAUGUUAGCACAGAAAAGAUACACCGUGCCUUGAAUAUUGCAAAUACGGUUCAGCGACAAUUAUCAUGCACGUCACAGGAAGGAACAUCAGUAACAAAUAAUGUUACUGUAUUUCAGUCUGAGAACAUCAACCUUUCUUCAGGAACAGCUGCCCCUGUCGAAAGAACAGACAGUCAUACUAGCGAGACUUUGGAUAAUUUAGAUGCAAGAACAAAGGUUGUCAUACAGAAUCACAUUAACACAGGCAUAAGAAUGGAUAAAACAGUUGCUUUUCUAGAAGCCAUAAGAAAACUGGAAAAAGUACAAUUCCUUGUCAUUACUGGAAAUUUUGGGUGUGGAAAAAAAUCUAUGGUUAAAGAAUUAUUGUACUAUUACACUCAUGCAGAGAUAGCAGGUAACCACUUGAAUCCUGUUAUAAUAUCAUCACCCGACCAAUGGAAUUCAUGUAUACAUAUACAUCCAAACGAUAAAUCUAUCAUUUGGUUAGAAGGUAUGUUUGGAUCCAGUGGUACAUUUGAAAAACAUACAUUUUCAACAAACUGGGAAUGCCCUUUGCAAAAUAUGUUAGAAUUCAUAAAACGAUCUUCUUUAAUAUUAAUUGUGACGACUAUGCCAAACAGUAUUUGGUGUGAAUAUGAAAAUUCUCUCCGAGAUUUUCCAUUUUUUAAAGACUUCGAAAGAUUCAGAUUUGAUAUGGAAGAAGAAUUUACUUUUGAUGAAAAUGAGCGAUAUCUUAUGAUAAAUGAGUACUUUAAAUAUGCAUUGAAAGAAGAUUUAACUAAGGUACAGAUAUGCUUAGACUAUAGAGAUGAAGACCUUGAAUCUGAAAACCCUAGAAUAUCGGCAAGAACUCUGAGGCAUGUUUCACGCAUAUAUACACCUGUAGGAUUUAUUGAGUGUUGUUACAAAUUUGUAUGUAAUGACCAUUAUUUUAGAAGGGGUGUUGACUUUUUUCACCAUCCACUAGAGCUUUUUAUCGACAAAGUGAUAUAUUUACAAAAGCAGAUGGAAGACCAAGAAGGAAAAAAGUACCACUUUUAUUUGCUGUUGUUAAUUCUUAGUCAGGAUGGAAAGGUUUUUAUUGAACAUAUUGAAAACAUUUUAAGGAAUGAAGAAAAUUUGAUGUUCAAAGAACUUGCCAACAUUUGUUCACUUAGAGAAUCUCGAAGUUCUGAAAUUUUUAAUCAUUUAGCAAAUUUCACCAUUAAAGGGUAUAAUGGUUUUUAUUUCAAAUACAAUGAAGAAGAAAAUUCGUGUGAAUUUGUACAUGAAGCAUUUGGAGAUGCAGUCUGUUUGACCCUUGGAUUAAAUACUGUCUUACCCGAAGGUUUGUCCCUUGCUUUGAGUAAAUGUAGUAGUAAAUUUCUUAUAGAAUAUGUGACUGUUGGCAAAUCAAAUCGUAAUAGAGCCACUACUACAGUACAUGAAGAUCAUAUUAACAAUCAAACUAGAGAUUUAUGUUUACGUAUUUUUCCCAAACAUUAUCAAAUUUUAUUAGAAAGAUUUAUUAAGGAGAUAAAAGAUGGAAAUAUUGACAAUGUAGCAACACACGAAGCAUUAGAUGAUGAUACCUUUGUAGACUUCAUUGUUCACAAUUUCAUCACUAAUGAAUUUGACAGUUAUGUAGAAUUAUUACAGAAAGAAAAAUCACAGUUUUAUGGAUUCCUUUGGUAUUUGUUUCAUCAGGAAAGACCAAAAUUAAGACUUGCAAGUCAUAUAUUAAUUCAUCCACCUAUAAAAGAUUCAUUAUUAGAAAAAGAAUGGUGGUUGGAUACAAAAGAAAAAUGCAUGUGGGCUGCUUGUCAUCUGGGAAGCAAUGAAUCAUUGUGUCUACUUAAAGAGCAUGUGAACAUUUCUAAUAAGCACAUUCUAGUGGCAAUCAGGGCUCAUGGUGAGGAAUCUGAAUUUGUCCAAGAAUUAAACAGAUAUAAAAAUGACCAACAACUCAAGAGAGAAAAGGAAGAACUUGAUCAGUGCCGUAGAGAAGAAGAACUGCGAAGAAAAAAUAAGUCUAGUUGUAUUGUUCUUUAAUAACUGUCUGUCAUAAACAAAUCAGGUUGACUUUAUAACAUAAGAAAUUCACAGUACUAUAAGAUAAAAUAUAUUUGUCAAGUAAAAU